GAAUGCUGUCAUCAUAUUUUUUUAUUUCUCAUCUGCCACAUCGUUUGAGAAAAUUAAAGGUGGUAUUGGGCCAUGGCAAUCCAUAUUUCAUACCUACCUUUUAUUUCUUUUCUGACUAUUUCUCUCUUCGUCUUGUGCUUUCCUUCUUCUUUACUUGUGCCGAUAUUAUUGCUGCCUCUUUUUUCCACCCGAGUUCCUGGUAGCCAAAGUACGAAAAGGUGUGGUUAGACGCCUCACAGCUUCUUCUCUGACUCAUCACAACUUCUUCCCGGAUUAUGCUUAUCUGAAAGAAGCUACUUCACAUCGGGAAUGGGCUCAGGUGAUUGGUUUAAGACAAUAAUUAGCUUAAGAAAAUCAAAAGAAGGCAAUUCAAAGAAAGCAAAGGGAUCUCCAGCCUCCAAGAAACAAACCGCAUUGAAGUUGAAGAAUUAUGCAGGAAAAAAUUCUAGUAAUUUAACGAAUGGCGGUAAGGGUUCUAAUCUUGUGUCACCCGGCGUAUCAGUUGAAACUAUUGCUGCAACAAUGAUCCAGACAGCAUUCCGGGCCUAUUUGGCUAGAAAAUCUCUACGGCGUUUGAAAGGUUGUGCAAAACUUAAGGUCCAGAUACAAGGUCAUUCUGUUAAAGACCAAGCCGGCAGCGCUGUAAGUUAUAUUCAUAAAUGGAGCAAGAUUCAGGCGGAGAUUAGAGCUCGCCGAAUCUGUAUGGUCACUGAAGACAGGAUCAGGCGGAAGAAGCUUGAAUCUCAACUUAAGCUUGAGGCAAAGCUUCAUGGUUUAGAGGUGGAGUGGAGUGGUGGUUCUGAAACCAUGGAGGAAACCUUGGCAAGGAUACAUCAUAGAGAAGAAGCAGCUGUUAAGCGGGAAAGAGCCAUGGCCUAUGCCUUUUCUCAUCAGUGGAGGGCUAACUCUAACCAAGGUCUCGGUAACUAUGAACUCAACAAAGCUAAUUGGGGUUGGAGCUGGAAGGAUCGCUGGAUUGCUGCUCGCCCGUGGGAAAGCCGUGUCCUUGAGAAGCCAGUUAACCACAGGAAAGCUCAAACUAGGCAGCCAAAGAAGCUUCAGAAGGUUCAAAAGGACAAGAACCCGUCAACACCGAAAACACCUGUUCCAGUUAAACCUCCUGUGGCUAAUGCAAAAGUGACUUCAAAAGUGACUCCAAAAGCUAGGCGAUUAUCUUAUCCUGCCACAGAGAAAAAUGUGCUCCAUGAGGAAAGCAAUAAAUCCUAAGGAGAAUCAAACCCGUUACUGUAUGACUUGAGCUGAGUCAAAUUGAUUUUCAGUUGGCCACACUGCAGAAGGCCAAGGCAGGAAAGCAAUCUUAUUUGUUAACGGUUACUUCCAAUUCGAGAAUACUGGACUUUGGUGAAUCUGAAGACAAUUUGGCAGUGGAGAAUGGGCCGCCAGAUGGGCAUGAGUGUGAUUGAUUGGUUGAUGGUUCUUCUGUUUUCCUUCUAUCUUCUUUUUCUAAACAUGUAUAUUGAAAGAAAAUUGGAAAUGUAGAUAGAACCUUAUUUUCUUUGCCCUAUUCGUUGUCUUGGUGUAAGAGAGUUUUUGUAAGCUGGGUGGUAUUGCUUUUGCAGAUUGUUACAGUUUCGUUUGCAGGUACAACUUUGCCAACAAUAUUUUGUAAAUUCUGGUUUAUUCAGCAUCCUUUGCUUCUAGGC